AUGACCGAAGUGUUCCAUUCCUCCAUGCCCAGCAGAACGAGGGUGGAGUGGCAUUUAUCUUGUGAGUUUAAAGAACGCGGUUCCAUUCCACUGAAGAACAUUCCGUUCUCCCUGUCAAGCCGUUCCCUCGCCGUCUCUUCAGAGCCCUGGUCGACGGCAUGCGUUUCCAAGUUGCUCCUUGUUUGCGGCGUUGCUGCUUUGCAUGUUGAAGGCGCAGCCGGCCACUUCACGGGGUCAACCUUAGUCGUGCAUCUGAGAGUCGUCAACAAACGCUUACUGCAGGUGUUAGCCGUUACCUUGGCCGCCAGGGAAGGUGUUAUGGACUACGAGGAAUCUCAUGAGGAUGACCGCAAGCGCUCUGUGCAUUUCGCCAGGGAGGGCGUGAUGGACUACGAGGAGCCAUACGAGGACGUCGCCGAGCGGAAGCGCUCCCUUUGA